AUGGAAAACUAUUUAAAAAUAGAAAAAAUCGGUGAAGGAACUUAUGGAGUUGUUUUCCGUGGUAAAAACAUAAAAACCGGUGCAAUGGUGGCCAUGAAAAAAAUAAGACUGGAAAAUGAAGAUGAAGGAAUACCAUCAACUGCAAUCAGAGAAAUAUCAUUGCUUAAAGAAUUACAAAAUCCAAACGUUGUAUCUCUCCAAGAUGUUAUUAUGGAAGAUGCUGGACUUUAUUUAAUAUUCGAGUUUUUGACUUGUGAUCUCAAAAAAUACUUGGACAAUUUAGAAAAAAAAUACCUAGAAGAAGCUCAAUUGAAAUCAUUUUUAUAUCAAAUUUUGGAUGCGAUAUUAUUUUGUCAUCAACGAAGAAUUUUGCACAGAGAUCUAAAGCCUCAAAACCUACUAGUUCAAGGUGAUAGUAUUAUUAAAAUUGCCGAUUUGGGUUUGGGUCGUGCUUUUGGAAUUCCUGUGCGAGCAUAUACUCAUGAAGUGGUCACACUAUGGUACAGAGCUCCUGAGAUACUUUUAGGUGCUCUAAGGUAUUCAUGUCCAGUUGAUAUUUGGUCAGUCGGAUGUAUAUUUGCUGAAAUGGCUACAAAAAAGCCUCUAUUUCAAGGAGAUUCAGAAAUCGAUCAGCUUUUUAGAAUUUUCAGAAUAUUAACAACACCAAAUGAAACAACAUGGCCCUCUGUUAGCGAUCUGAGGAAUUUCAGUCCAACAUUUCCAAAUUGGACGACAUAUUCUUUAAACACUGCCAUUAAUGAAAAAUUAAAUAAAAGGGAAAUGGAUAAGACUGGCUAUGAUUUACUACAAAAAAUGUUUAUUUAUGAUCCAGCGAGGAGAAUCAGUGCAAAAGCAGCAGUUAAACAUCCUUAUUUUGAUGAUUUGGAUAAAACAAAGUUACCAUCUCAUAAUUUUGUACAAAAUUAUUGA